UUCUUCAAGGCUGUCUUCUGUUUUCGGUAUACUAGACGUUAUGCAGCCCGUGCGAGCCCUGGGCUAUAGGUUGAGGGCCGUAGGUGGGUGACAUAGACGCAUUGUCAGCCAUGACCACGGAAGAACUACUACUUCAGGACUGAGAGGUACUUUCUACCCCUGAAAAUAAGGUUACAUUCUCCGAAAAUAUGUCGAUCAGUUUGGGGGCAACGCUUUUGCACUAAAUGCGACGUCUAUCAGGCCAGAGGUAGCGUAUGAUUGAGAGGGAUUCCACCGAGAUAUAAAAGAUCGCGACUGUCCGUCAGAAACUGGGAAACCAACAAGCAUCAUUCUAAAAUUAUAGGUGUAUACUCUUUUAUACCCUGCUCACAGUUACAUAAUGCGUCUGUCUGAGAUACUUGCUGUUGCUCUGGUCACUGGUGCCACCGCAUAUGACCUUCCUGACAACUUGAAGCAGAUCUACGAGAAGCACAAGGGAAAAUGCUCUGAUGUGCUGCAGAAGGGUUUUACUAAUGGUGACCAUAGCGAUGGCAACUCCUUUGAGUACUGCAACGACAUCUCAGGGGCUAUUUUCAUGCAUUCAUCUCGGAACGGUGGGCAGUAUACCAACAUGGAUGUCGACUGCGACGGAGCCAACAACUCUGCUGGCAAAUGCUCCAAUGACCCGUCCGGCCGGGGCGAAACCGCUUUCAAGGAUGACGUGAAGGACUUCGGAAUUUCCGACCUGGACGCCAACCUCCACCCCUACGUCGUGUUCGGGAAUGAGGGCGACUCCCCGAAGUUCAAUCCCCAGAAACACGGAAUGGAGCCUUUGAGUGUCAUGGCUAUUGUGUGUAACGGCAAGCUGCACUACGGUAUCUGGGGUGAUACCAACGGUGGUACUUCCACGGGUGAGGCCUCCCUCUCCCUAGCUGAGCUCUGCUUUCCCGAGGAGCAUCCCGAUGGUGAUCAUGGCCACGACGGCAACGACGUUCUCUACAUUGGAUUCAAGGGCAAGGACGCCGUGCCUGGCAAGAAGGCCAACUGGAAGGCUAAGAAGACCGAGGACUUCGAGGACAGCAUUAAGUCGAUUGGUGACAAGCUUGUUGCCGGCCUCAAAGCUUAGACUGCCAU